CAAAUAUUGUAUAAAUGAAAAAAAAGACAAUAACAUUUUCAAAUUGAAAGUUUUCUAAGAAUCCUUUGAAAUCUUGAAAUGUUUUUUUCUUCAAAGGUUAUUACACAAAACAUUUAUUAACUGUAAACAGUUUAUCUAUAAAUGAUAUAAUUAAUCAUAGAGUGACCAUAGAUAAUACAUGUAAUUGUCUUCUUUAUAAUGUACACUUUGAAAAUGUUAUCGUUUUCUAUUAUUGGAUGAAUCUGGAAGAAUUUUAACUGUGAUACACGUGAUAUGAUGAAAAAACAAUGGUUUAAACAAAGAAAAUACUGAUGAUGGUAAAUCAAAUAAUAAUCAGUCCAAAAAACGUGUCAACUAUUUAUGUGGACCUGACGGUAAAUUAAUUGUUACUACUGCUUUAGCGCCAGACUAUGAUCGAACAAAUCACUCCGAUGGCUACGGUUCAUCGGGGACUACAUCAAAUGAUUCAUUUAAAUCAAUUGUUCUUAUUAGAGAGUUUGAAUCACCAUCAAACUCUUCAGAACUGAAUGAUAUGGAUUCGACGAUGACCACCAAUAGCACAACAUCAACGAGAACGACAUUAACAACGACAACAUCAAUAGCGAUAACAACGCCAACAACAAUCAAGUCAAUUUUUACAACAAAUGUAACAUUUUCAACUACAACAUUGACUGAUACUUUAAAUAGCAGUUCCGUUGCAAAUAGUGCGACUAAUGUAUCAUAUUCAACAGAUAAUGCAAGUAUGGCAUAUAGAAAUGAUAAACAGCGUCAUGAAAAUAGUGUACGUCUAAUUCAACCAAAUUUAAUUCAAGGAUCAUUUGAUUCAUCCGUUUCAGAACAUGAUUCUACAUCAUACACUUAUGAUUCAUCAUCUUAUUCUUUUUCUUCAACUACGGCACCAACAAAUUCAUCUAUAAACACAACUAGUAAAACAAUUGAUUCUAGUAUUUCAGAUGUGUUAAGUGUUGCUAAUAAUAACUCUAAAUCUUCAUUAAAUAACAAUUGUCGAAACAGUAGUAAUAAUAGUAAUAAUAAUAUUAAUAAUAAUAAUAAUAAUAAUGAUCAUGUCUUUAUUUUAUCUCCAACACCUUUCAAUCGAAAAUUAAACUUAAAUCAACAGACGAAUAAUCAUUUUGUCCCAUCCUUAUCUAAUACUACAAACUACAAUGAUAAUACUACAAGUUGUAAUAAUAUUCCAAGUCAAGCAAAUGGACAAUAUAUUUCUGUUAUCAAACCUUUUAUACAAGAUAACGAAAAUAAUCAGAAUUCUUUUAAAGGAAUGAAUAAUAAUAACGCUCCAUUAAUAACAAAUGAAACAGUUGCAACCAUGACAAAAAAUGCUACACAAUCAAAUCAUUUUUAUUCACCAGAAAUUGAAACUACCCUUAACUUAUAUUCUCAUUCUAACGAUUUUUACAAUAAUAAUAAUGAUAAUGCCAGAAUUGAUAUACAAAGAAAAGGUGGAGGAAAAGGAGUACAAAUGAAUAGUCAAGAGAAAAUCACGGAGUUCAAGAAUAAUAAUAUUGAUACAAAUAACCAUAGAAAUAAUUACAAACAUCAAGAAUCCGAUAACACUGAUACUCUUAUUAUAUGUAUAUCCAACAAUAAUCGUAAUAAUACUUCUGUAGUUAUGACAACUACCACACCUUAUGACAGUAAUGAUAACAACAAUAAUAAUAAUAGCUAUGUCGAUACUAGUAAUAUUAUAAUGAGAACAACUAAUCCUGAUUAUAACAGUAUCGAUGUUAGUAGCAGUAUUAACAGUAGUACUAGUAGUAUUACUAGUAAUAAUCGAAAUUGUUAUUUAGAUUUAGAUAAACAGUUAAAUAAUAAUAAACAAAUUAAUAACAGUAGUAUGAAUCUUAAGAAUUCCUGUGAUACCAAGAAUGCAUUUGAUUUCACAAUGCAUAAUCGUCCUAAUAAUAAUAUUAAUAGUUCCAUUACUAUUCUCAACGACCCUUCUAAUACAACGAACCAAGGAAGUGAUGUAUCCAUUGAUGAUGCAAUGCCAUUGUCACCAAGAACAACAGCAACCACAAACAAAACAUUGAAACGUUUUGUAUUAACCAGAAGUCCAUUAAGUAGUCCUUCAGUAACAACACCAACCAGUAUAUCACCAGCACCAAUUCAUCAAAAUCAUCAUAUAAAUGAAAGAACCCCACCUAGUUCUGCCAUAGAAAAUACAAAUUUAUCCAUAACAAAAAGCCAUUUUAAUCGAAUCAGUUUAUUAAAUAAUCAAAAUUAUGAUCAGAUCGACCCAUCAUUUUCAUCAUCAACAUCGGAAUUAGAUAAAAUAUCUUCAUCGAUUACAUUUUCAUCAAAUCCAUCUAAUCAUACAAUGAUGACACGUUUUACAAAACAACCUGAACCACAACAAUUAAGACAAGAGAACAAACAACUAUCAUCAUUGAUAAAACAUCAACAACCACAACAAAGAAUAACACUGAAUAAUAAUAACUAUAAUGAUGAUAAUUUACCAUCAGUACAACCGUUUUCAAAUCAUACUGAUAAUAUUCAGAGUUUAAAUUCAACAUUUAGUAGAAUUAGUUCACCUCCAUCAGUAUUUCCACGACCUGCGUUUUGGACACCGGAUGUUAAGUUAUCACGUAAAGUUAACAAUGUAAUUCAAGAGGAUCCUAAAACUAAAGUUUACAAAUGGUUUGAAAGCUGUGAAGCUGCACGUUUACUUGUGGAUUUCGGUUUACCAAUUACUGGUUUUAGUCCAAAUUUAUCGUCGUUGACAUUUUCACGUGUACCUGAAUGGUUCCACGGAUUUCUCUCUCGUGAACAAGCUGAACGUCUGCUCACUAAAACUGAUAAAAAUGGCAGUUUCCUUCUACAUUUAAAUGAAUCAUUUUUAGGUUAUGUUAUCAGUUUGUUUACAUCAUCCUAUUGCAAUCAUUUCCUUGUAUCGGUAAUUGCAGUGAAACAAACCAAUUCUGGUUCACGUAAUACAACUAAGAGUACUUAUCAAUUGUAUGGUGUUGCAAAUCCUGAACAAUUCACCGAUUUAAGAGAUCUUGUGAAAUUUUAUUCUGUGCAUAGUUUAGGACGAAAUAAUAAUCAACAAUUAUUACUUUAUCCUGUUGGACAAGAGAAUCCAACUUUACCUGAUUAUUUAGACAUAUUUUAUUCUAGACCUGAUUCAACUUCUUAUACAAGAUUAUAA